UAAAAAAGAAGAAGUUAGUACAACCAGAGUGUAUAUACUUACCAAUGUAAUUUUAGAUUUUACCUCUGUCCUCCAGUCCAAUUCAUACUUUUUUUUAUUUGUUGUCAAAAAUGAUUAGGAGAGAAUAAUCUGGUGUGAAAUGAGUUCGACAUUACCUACAGUGGAUAGCAAUUCUCGCGUGUUCAGUGGGAGUAACACAAGCACCGAAUUAUCACCUGCAGCAGAAUUUCGAAACAAGUAUUAUCUAUCACAGCAACAAGAAGAGGAUGAUGUGGAUGAUGAUUUUAUAUAUAGACCCGGCGCGAUUAUUUAUGCGCCCCUAAAUAUAAAUACACCAGGUAUUAAAUUAACUGAACAAGUGUACGACGAUGAGGAUGACACGGAAGAAGAAGAAUACACUUUAUUUGAAUCAAAAUCCACCUUGGAACCUAAAAUUACAUUGGAGGAUGGUGAUAAAGAAAAUAAGUUGAAUAAUAGCACUCUUUUAUCAAAAUUAUCAAAAUCAACUGCUCCAAUGCGAGCCAAAUUGUCUAAAAGUAAAACCAAUUUGGAUCAUUUAUGGGUAAAUUCUUCAACUACAUUGACUUUACCGCUCAGAAAAUCCGCUGAAAGUGUUCAUCAUAUGUCUCUCUCAAGGAAAAAGAGAAAGGAAAAGAAUGAAAGGUCUCAUUCAUUCUCCUUUGAUUCUCCCACAUCCACUUCACCUUCUCUUUCUCUCACAAACGAUUUCCUUAUCUAUCCCGCUCUCUUAUCAAAAGUAGCUGACGCAUUCAAAGAAAGCAUGGUAGUAGGCACCAAAUCGAGAGAUAGUAUACAGUAUCAUGACGUAUUUGAUGGCAGAGAUGCAGUGAAUAAACUGGCUUGUAUCAUAAAGACAUCAGAUCGAAAUUUAGCCGUUUUAGUAGGUCGUGCAUUAGGCUAUCAAAAGUUCUUUCAUAACGUGAAUUACAUGGUUAAAUUACGUGACGCAACAAACGAAUUAUACCAAUUUGCUACCACCAAUCCCAAUAACAGACCCAAAAGAAAGCUUUCUGCUGAUUCAGAUACAAUCAUACCAGACUAUCGAGACGAGUUUAUAACAAGGGAGGACAAUCAGGACUUACCGAAUGGUGUAUUUACAUUAUUAACUGAUUGUUACUCUUCUACCUGUACAAGAGACAGCUCUUGUUACAGUGUAUUAUGUCCUAGAAGAUUUAACCAGAAAAGCCAAAAUUCAUUGUCUGACGAAAACGACGAUAGACUAUGGAUAAAGACUGCUUCACAGGCAAUUUUAAACACACUAUCAUCUAAAGAAAUACGACGACAAGAGAACAUUUACGAACUAAUAUACACUGAAAAAGACUUUGUAGAGGAUUUGGUCUAUGUAGAAAAGAACUGGAUGGAACCUUUAUUAUCCCAUGAAUCUAUACCAAAAGAUCGUUCUAAACAAUUUGUGGAGGACUUGUUCUGGAACUUGCCUGAAAUUCGUAAAUCGAACGCCUUAUUGCUGAAUGACCUCCUGGAUCGACAAAAACUUCAUCUUGUUGUCAAUAAAAUAGGCGAUGUCUUGCUCAAACAUGUCAUGACUGUGUUUGAGCCCUUUGUGGAUUAUGGAUCGCACCAAGUCAUUAGUAAAUACGUGUUUGAAACCGAGAAACUAACCAAUCUCGCCUUUUCUAAACUCGUAGAGACGAUUGAACGAUCACCGGAGUCUCGGAAGCUGGAAUUAAACGGUUAUUUGACUAAACCCACAACACGAUUAGGACGGUAUAAUUUAUUACUGCGAGAAAUAUUAAAACAUACCCCCGAUGAUCAUCCAGACUGUAAAACUAUACCUAAAGUCAUGCAUCUUAUCAAUGGCUUUCUUGAACGGGUGAAUGAAGAAUCUGGAAAGACUGAGAAUACCUUUAGUUUAAAGAUGUUGGAAGAAAAGCUAUCUUGGAAAAAGGGUCCUAUUGUCAAUCAAGAAAUUGAGGAUUUGGAUUUGCUUUCACCCGAUAGAAAGAUUAUCAUGAAAGGUCCACUGAAAAGAAAAUGUUCAGGAAAUACAUCUGAAGCAUCCGAACUUCAAAUCUACGUACUCGAUCAUUGUUUAUUAAUUAUCAAGUCCAAGUUUUUUGAUAACGCCGAGAUUUACAAGCUUUAUAAAAAAGCUAUUCCCUUGGCCUUAUUAGUCAUCUCCUUACCCGAUCAAGCCAAAAGAUCAAGCUCCAUUCUCCCAUAUAACAGAUCCAGUACAGGCUCCUUUUACUCUAGUGGGAGUGUUGAUUUUAUGCCACCCGUUUUAUCCACUUCGACUGGUAUGAACAGUAAAAAUGGUUAUCCCAUCAGUUUUAUUCAUUUGGGACGACAAGGAUCAGGUACCACCACAUUAUACGCAUCUACCUUGGCCAGUAGAAGAAAAUGGGUAGAUACGAUUGAGCGAUACCGUUAUUCGAUUAUGGAGAAAUCAAAAGUAUUUCGUAUGAUUGAAAUUAGUGAACAUUAUUUCAAUUCAUUCAACAAGGUCAAUUGUGCUGCUGCCUAUGGAGAAUCCAUGAUGAUUGGUUGUGAUCAUGGUGUGUACCUAAAGAAAUCCAUGACAGAAGAGGAUGGUGAGGAUGAUGAGGGUAUUGUUCGUAUUUUAUCGAUGGAUAAAGUAUCACAGAUUGACAUUUUAGACGGACCCAAACUGAUGUUAAUCUUGGCUGAUAAAAUCCUCUACACGUACUCCAUUGAAGCCUUGUUUGAUGAACAUUUCAAUUAUUUAGCAUGUAACCUCGUUUCUACCUCUACCUCUUCACCCACCACCACCAAAAUGAAGACGAUCCGAGAAAGUAGUAUCAAAAGUAGUACGAGUAGUAGUGCCGAAUCUCACGAUAGCAAAAACAGGUUUACCAAGGCUCUUAUUCAUAAGAAGACCCAUGUCCGAAAACUCAGUAGCAAUGUUUCGUUUUUCAAGGUGGGUAAAGUGUUUGAUAAGACGGGACCCAAUGAUCCUAUUGAAAGGACGUUGGUUUGCUUUGUAAAGUACAAUGCCAUGACUUCAACGAUUCGUGCCUUGGAACCCUAUGAUGAAUCUCAAGACGCUAAAAAGAAGAAAAGAAAAUCAAAUCAUUUAGGCUUAUUCAUGCGUAAUUCAACCGAUGUCUUGCGUGGAUUUAAGGAUCUCUACAUACCGGGUGAAGCUACUUCCAUCCAGUAUUUUAAAAAUGUCAUUUGUGUUGGAAGUGCGAAAGGAUUUCAGAUGGUUGAUAUUGGAUCUGCCGGUGUACAAAGUGUACUUGAUCCAAGUGAUGAAAAUCAUAACUUUAUAAGUCAAAGAGAGACCUUGAAGCCAGUAUCUAUGUUUCGACAUCCAGAUGGAUACAUCCUGCUUUGUUACAAUGAAAUUGCUUUUUACAUUGAUAAAAAGGGACGCAGAGUGAGAAAUGAAUGGGUGAUUCAUUGGGAAGGUCAUCCUACAGCAUUUGCGUUUCAAUACCCUUACAUUCUUGCAUUCGAUUCAAGUUUUAUUGAAAUCCGACAUAUAAACUCUGGUGAUCUCACUCAAGUUAUACCCGGUAACAAUAUCAGAUGUUUAAGACCAGACCCCUCAGAUACAAUCUAUUGUGUGAUGGAAGAUCGUCGAUCAGGAAAUGAACUUGUUUUCAGCUUAAAAUUUUCAAAUUAAAAAAAAAAUUAAGAGAGGG